AUGGGCUUUCUUCCUGACCUCAAAGCUCCUUUCGAAGGCUCUCGAAUAUUGUCUCUUAGUAUUUCCUCUGAACGUCAUAUCCGUCAUCCCGUCCUCCGCACCGCCGGAUUACCUUUGGGCACAUGGACCCCGGACGAAGCGGACGAUCACAUGUACUCCGGACUCAACGGAUGCGGUCCAUAA